AUGAAAGUGUCAUUAGUUGUUAAGAAACUUCCACGGAAGCAAGACAUGAAUUUACCUUGCCAUUCAUCAGUUUCGAGUAUAAUUAAUCUUUCUAAAAUCCCGAGAAAAUGUGCCAAUUCACGAAAUUUACGCAAUCCCCGUAAGAGGUCUGCUAAAAACGACACCUUCGAGGAGAUUAGGUGCCAAAACGACGAUUUAAGUUCAUCGUGUGAAGAAACAGAGACCAAAAAGCGCCAGAGGAAGAAUGCUCACAAUUUGAUUGAGAGACGUCGUCGAAUUCAAAUAAAUGAUCGCAUUAAUGAGCUUGCGACCCUGCUACCGAAAGUCUCGGAACCAUUUGGCCAGAUAAUUGAUAUACACUGUUCAGAUAAAAGUGGAAUUCUUAAAUCAACCGUGGAAUACAUUAAAUGUCUCAAAAAGGAAGUGCAAAAACUUCAGACAAAGGUAAAGCAAUUCCGUGAUUUGGAAAAGACAAACAGCGAUCUUGUAAAACGUAUUAAGGAGCUCGAAGAGAUGCCUGGUCCAUUUGAUUGUGAUUUUGAUUUGGCAAACAUUUGUCUCGAAGACAUCUUCGACGAUUGGCCACAUAAUCAAAUUGACCUUUUGGCGAACACAUCUCAAACGGACCUCAGCAGCAACUCAUCUUUCAUGAGUCAGCAAGGAGAUGAGGGUAGUCCUAUCUCUGUACUAUCUCCAUUCCACAUUCAAUCAAGUCCAACAAUUUUUUCCGAUUUACAUCCGUCUCUCUUGGAAUCUGCCACAAAUAUUCUCAAUCCGGAGCUAUUCACAGACCAAUCUGGUGAUUCAAGUAACUCACAAUGAAAUAACAAGGAAUGUGACAUUAUUAAAUGCUGUAUCUUCUUGUAAAUUUACUUUCAUACAUAAGCAAUAUUAAAUAAGCAUUUAAAAUCAUUAUGAGAAAAAAAAUGCCCGUGGUGAGGAAUAAAAUAACGAUAUAAAUCACUAUUUUGUCAUUAUGAACUUGUUUCAUUGAUUGUACAUUACUCAUCCAUCAGAGAACAAGGAUGAAAAUUGUAAAAGUUACAUUAGACUAUUCGUCAUUGAAUUCAAACUUAUAAAUGAGAAAUUAUGCGUAACAAUAAAGGAAAUUCAGGUAAUGAA